UGUAGCAAUUUAGAGGAGGCGCGUGCUAGAAAUGCCACAAUCAGCAAAGAAGCCAAGCAAAACCACGCGGUAUCGAAUGUAAUUCAGCAUAGUCUGCGCGCGAUUCCUCCCGUUUCAAAGAUAGCAGAAAUGAAUAACCGUGCACGCUCCUCCAGCUGUUAAAGGUGGUCAUUUAAAGCGCGGAGAAAGAGACCAUGUGAAGGCGUCUUGCAAAAUAUAUUCGUGCAGGAACAAGUGAAAGUUAAGGCUCUUAGCGAGGAAUGUCUUCAGAAGAGAAGCCUGAAGCUCCCAUGUAUGUGUAUGAGUCGACGGUGCAUUGUGCCAACAUCCUACUGUGCCUGAAUGAACAGCGGAAGCAGGACAUCUUGUGCGAUGUGACCGUGCUGGUGGAAGGGAGGGAGAUCCGUGCUCACAGGGCAGUGCUGGCAGCCUGUAGCCAGUAUUUCUCCCAGCUGCUCGGAGCCCAGACAGAACAUGAGCCAGUCAUCAGCCUGCCACAGAAGAUCACAGAGAGAGGCUUUGCUCCACUGUUGCAGUUUGCCUACACAGCUAAACUGUUACUCAACAGGGACAACAUCCAGGAAGUCAUGUGCUGUGCAGAAUUCUUAGGUGUGCAUAACCUGGAAGACUCUUGCUUCCGCUUUCUACAGGCUCAGUUGAAAAGUGAGGUUGAUGACAUGCACAACAGCCAGAACCCCCUAUUACCUCAUACACUGGGUCAGAACCAUCAUGGAAUAAGGUAUGGAAUUGUGCGACCAAAUGAUUCCAAACCACCACUUUUUGGAUCAAGGCUGCACUCUUGUGACCUCAGCUCUUCCAAGGACAUAAAGCAAUUGCAUGUCCCAAACAACCAGCAUGAAUCAGACCAAGCUUCUUCCUUUGAUCUCCCUCGUUGUCCCAAAUAUAGAAAGUACCAUCAGGUAUAUGCGAAGCACAACGUAACCACCUCGUCAAAUAGCAGUACCUCAAGCUUACACGGAUCGAUGCAAGAUACCGUCACCAAUAGUGAUGCCCGGGGCCUGGAUCUCUCCAACGUGAAAACAGAACCAGCUGGUGGGGAGGAGUGCCUACCACUGGACCUGUGCCAGGUGGAACAGGAUGUUCUGGUCAGGGGUAGAGGGACUGACAUGGAAAAAGACAUGGAAACAGAGUUAGAUGGCAGGCAGCUAAGUUCAACACCCACUGAACUGCCUCCAAGCAAACGUUCACCAGUGUGCCUGCGCUCCCUUGUUAAAAAGGAAGUAACAACUUUGGAUCAGUGUCUUACCUCUGAUGUGCAACUUGCCAAUAGAACCUCUCACGUUCGAGAUGGACAAGUUGCUCAGGGUGACUUUCAAAAGGACUAUCACGCUUUCGUUGGGGGACUUGUGACUUCCUCAAAGAAGGUUGAGAAAUUAACCGAUGGUUUGUCCUUCAAGUCACUGUCCUUUGAAAGGAUCUGUUCAACUGAAGUUGAACAGGAGAGUGACCGAAGGAGUGUCAUUUUCUCCUCUCGGGCCCCCAACCAUCUGAAGGCACCAGCUUAUUCCUACCCUGGAGAGAGCUGUAUGGGGAAGGAGACCCCGGAAGACCCAUGGGCAGGUUCUAGCCAGUCAUUCACAUGCUCCCUAACACUAUCCCCUACUUCUGUCUCUCAAGAGCCUCCAUUGUCCUAUCACCCAAAAAGCAGCUGUCCAGUGCCCAUCAAAAUCUGUCCCCGGUCCUCUCGCACUGAGUGCCACAUCAGAACCUCUAGUUCUUGCUCUUCCUACUCUUACGCUGAUGAUGGCAGUGGAGGUUCGUCAUCCAGCCUUCCCCAGUUUGAGCUCUCUACAUCUCCUUGUUCCACCAUGGCUCGGUGCCUGGCUCUUGAGCACCAGGAGCACAGCAUGUCAGGGCCACCGAAGAUCAAGUGCGAGAUGUCGUAUGACACCAAUUCCAGUGACGAGUCUGGAUCCUUCUCUGAUGGAGAUAGCGAAUCAUGUCCCACCAAAGAGCACAGGCAAGAGGUGAAACUGCCUUUCUCAUUAGAUCACAUCACAAAGCUUCCACGGAAUGACUUUCAGCUGAUGAUAAAGAUGCAUAAACUGACCUCGGAUCAGCUAGACUUCAUCCACGACAUGCGACGACGCAGUAAAAACCGAAUCGCAGCUCAGCGCUGCCGGAAAAGAAAGCUGGACAGCAUUCAGAACUUGGAGUGUGAGAUUCACAAACUGGUUUGCGAGCGACAGAAGCUCCUAACCGAACAGAACCAGUUGAAGGUCUGUAUGGGAGAGCUCUGGGAAAACUUUUCAUUUUUGUCUCAGGAGGUCUACAGGGAGGAACAAGGGAGUCCAGGCCAGACCCUAUCUCAGUAUCAUCUGCAUCCAGGACCUGUUUCAUCCAGUUCAACCAGUACAGACCUUAGAAUCUCUCCCAGUCCCACCAGUAUAGAUAUCACGCUCAUUUCCAGUGGCAGCAUGGUGUCAUCCCAAAACUUCUCAGACUGCCAGGCCAUGGCUGAGUCACCAUGUCCACAACCAAGAGUGACCAGAGAGGCUGUGCUGUCCCAGGACAGUGUCACCUCUUUGAGGUCUGAGUCCUCACUCCAGACACCCAGCUCGAGCGUGACGAUGGAUUUCUGCCAGGAAAUGACUGAGAAAUGCACGACAGAAGAGCAACCACAGAGGAACUGAAUCUAGUUUCCUGGAUUUCAUUUUUUUGGCCAUCAUUUACUUACCCUCAUGUUGUUCCAAAAGUCUGAUUUUCUUUCUCAGUCCGAGUCCCCAUUCACUUUUUUGUAAAAAGAUGGCUGGGCCUGACAUUCUGCAUCUCAAUUUGUGUUUCACGGAGGAAAGAAAGUCUUGUUUGGAUAUACAGGAGUAGUUGAGGGUGAGUAGUUCAUUUGUUUGUGAACUUUCCCUUCUUUAAUAAACAACUAUUGGUUUAAUCAGAUUUUUAAAUGUUACACUUAUUUCAUCAGCAUUAAGUUUUGUUUGUUGCUUUUGUUUGUUGACUGCAUGUUAUCAGGUUCAUGAUGUAUUACACCUGUAUAUUAUUGUGAUGUGUGUGUGUGUGUGUGUGUGCCGCGUGUGCGUGCAUGCAUAUGGAUAAGAUCUUGUAUAUGCUGUAUAGGAUGCAAAAAUCUUUCUUUUCCUAAAAUCUUUUACUUUCCAUCCAUAUGUAUGGUACCUAAAUCUCUAAAUAUUUAUCUCAGGGGUGUGUGUGUGUGGGGGUGU